CAGGCGCUUCCAUGAACGUGAGAUUCGCUUCUUAACCAUCAACGACGGGUUCGGUCGCGGACUUGGACAGUUCGGCGGCGAUGGACGGACAUCAAGAGGCGGUCGACCGGCGCCAAGACAUGGUUGUAAUCCGGAAAACAUUGGUUCCGUCAGACAAGAGAGAUGCCCUGCUGGUGGAAGAGGAGCAACAGCAGUGGGACUGCAGUCUGGACCAAGACGAAGCAGAAUCCCCUCAGAUUAAAGAAGAAGAGGAGGAAGCACAUGUCAGUCAGUUCCCCUUUGAUAUUGUUGUGGUGAAGAUUGAAGAUGAUGAAGCUCCGACCAGCAGCUUCACUCGACACACGAAAGCAGAAGCUGACGAUGGGGGAGGAUCAGAAUCAGGCAGCUGUUUGGAUCCAGAUUCAUCGCUACACUCUGAGCAGAAGCUGCCCUCCUCUGACACAGAUGACAGCGACGACUGGAGGGAAGCCAGUAACACUCAGCCUGCUUCAAAAUCUGUGGGAAAUCCAGGGGACAGUCAGAGGGGAGGCGAUUAUAUAACGCUGAUCUGCUCCCAAUGUGGGAGGAGAUGUUCCUCAAAGAGAGGCCUGACUCAGCACAAGAACAACUGCAGUGGAGGCUCAUUUCCCUGCUCCAUUUGCGGGAAAUGCUUCACCCAGAGGAGAUAUCUGCAGAUUCACAUGAAAAUACACACAGGAGAGAAACCUUUUAGCUGCCUUCAAUGCGGUAAAUGUUUUAAGAAUAAGAAUACUCUUAAGACUCACGUUAAGAUCCACACGGGAGAAAAACCAUUGAGCUGCUCCGAGUGUGGAAAGUGUUUUAGCCGCAAGGACUACCUGAUGAACCACAUGAAGACCCACACGGGUGAAAAACCCUUCAGCUGCUCUCACUGUGGCCUGUGCUUUAGUCGCAGAGAACAUAUGAAGAAUCAUGUGCGGAUUCACACUGGAGAAAGACCUUUCAGUUGCUCGAUUUGUGGGAAGAGCUUCAGUCAACUCGGAAUUCUAAAAUAUCACAUAAGAAGUCACACAGGAGAGAAACCAUACUCCUGCUUAGAGUGUGGUAAAAGUUUCACAACAUCAAGUUAUCUGAAUAAACACGAGAGAAGUCACAAAUUGGCAAGUAUCUCCACUGCUCAGGAACAUUGAAUACCUGUCCCCUUCACACAGUUUCAUCUGGAGAAAGUGAUGGCUAUUGCUCAUCCGAAUCGUUAAUACGAUGCGUGAGCAACAUUAAGUAAGUAAACCAGUGCCAAAUCUAUUUUUAGCGUCACAGGUAAUGAGGGUGGACGUCACUGCCUCAUAUCAAAUAUUGAUUCUGGCCUCAAGACUUUGUUUUUUCUGGAUCAACUUGAAUAAAUGUCACAAAAAUCAAAGUUCUGUUUUUGUGAGGCUGCAGGUCAGGUGCCAGGAGUCUCUCAGUCUCACAUUUGGUUUGCUUACAAUUUCUGUUUCCUCACCUCUGUACAAACUUACCAGGGGUCUCUCAUACCAAGUAUUGUUUAUCCAGUCGAUUUUUCGAUUUAGAUUUUAUAUUUAUUUUUCACUGGAGCGAACUUCUUAAGUCUUGUUUGUCAUCUAUAUGGCUAGAUACGUCUCCCUGAGACAUGAAGACCUCUGAGAUGAUGAUGAUGUCACACAGCUAGGAGUCAGCUCAAGAAUCAGUUCAGGUGUAAAGAGCCUGCAUGUUCAGGCAGAAACACUCGACUGAGCGAAACGUCCAUCAGUUCAAUUCAUGCAAACAUUCAUGCUGUUGUCACUAGAGUUGCACAAUUUUAUUUAUUUUUUUAAUGAUGCGUAACAUUUCAGUUUGGCACAUGAUGACGACAUGUUGAUUAAUGGGAAUUGUGCAUUUAUUAUACAAUAUUAAUAUUAUUCAUUGUUUGUGCUACUAAUAAAGAAGUUGUGGACCCUCUUAUCUUA